UGCCCCCCGUAACACAUGUCGCAGCACCGCUCACUGAACACUCGGCUGGCGCUGCCUUGUUUCCUUGCGGUGCCCGUCCGUAGGCGCCUGCUUGGCGCCUCGACGCCCUGGCGGGCGUCGAGGAAUCGGCGUCCCUGCGCGGGCUCACGGGCGACGACCCUCCCCGACGGCGACGGCGGCGGCGAUCCGCGGCGGCAGCCCGCGGGCCCCCGCCCCGGCCGCGGGGGGGGCCGGGCCCUGCCCGCCGAUGGCCGUGCUGCUGGAGACUUCCCUCGGAGACAUCGUGGUGGACCUGAAGGUGGACCAGGCCCCACGGACUUGCACCAACUUCGUCAAGUUGUGCAAGAUCAAGUACUACAACAAUUGCCUCAUUCACACCGUGCAGAAGGACUACAUCGCCCAGACGGGUGACCCCACCAAUACGGGAAAGGGUGGCUCUUCGAUCCAUGCGAAGCUCCCGGGCCUUGCGAAGAGAUUCUUCGACGACGAGAUCACGCCUGCGCUCAAGCACAACGCGGUGCGUGGGGCUCUUCACAGACCUUCUCCUGAGCGGCGGCAGGGCAGGGGGACCGUGGCCAUGGCCAACGAGAAGCCGAACGAGAACGCCUCGCAGUUCUACAUCACGUUGCGGGAAGAGGUGGAACAUCUGGACGGUAAGCACACCAUCUUCGGCUCGAUCGCCGAGGGGCAGGACGUCCUGGACAAGAUCAACAAUGCGAUGGUGGACGAGAAUAAUGCUCCCUUCCAGAACAUCCGCAUCUGGCAUACCGAGAUCCUCGACGACCCGUUCGACGACCCGGACGGCCUGGCCCCGCUGAUCCCACCUAAGUCGCCAGAGGUCAUCAAGGACGAGGAGCUCAAGAAGAUGGAGACCGCUGCGGACGAGGCGGAGCUCGAGGAGAAGAUGGCCUCGACGCUCGCCAAGAGCCAAGCCACGACGCUGGAACUCCUCCACGACAUUCCCGAUGCCGACAUUGCGGUGCCAGAGAGCGAUUUGUUCAUCUACAAGCUCAACCCCGUCACACAAGAUGGUGACCUUGAGCUUAUUUUUUCGCGCUUCGGGCCGAUCAAGAGCUGCGAGAUCGUGCGGGAUUGGAAGACUGGGGACUCACUGCAGUAUGGCUUCAUCACGUUCGAGAACGUCCGCGAUUGCGAGAAUGCGUACUUCAAGAUGCACGACUGCGUCAUAGACGACAGACGGAUCGGGGUCAAUUUCUCGCAGUCGGUGGCCAAGCUGUGGAACAAGCACCGCACCGGAGCGAGAGCUUCCAAGGACGACGUCAUGGAGGCGCAGAAGGGCGGCAGAGGGAAAGGCCGCGGCAAGGGCGGCAAAGGCGGCAAGGGGCGCGGCGCCGGGGACGCGGGCGCGCCGCCGCUGCUGCUCGCCAAGGAGGAGGCGCCGCGGGACAAGGCCGCGAAGCGCGAGGCGCCGGCGCCGGCGCGCGGGAGGCCGCGCUCCCCGAGCGGCGGGGCCGACCGCAGGGAGCGGAGACCCAGGAGCCGCAGCCGAGACCGGCGCGAGCGCGGUGGCGACCGCGACCGGCGGCGGUGACGCCCCGCGCCGCGCCGCGCGCCUCGGGCCGUCCCGCGCGGUCGGCCACGCGCAGAGGCCGGGAGCAGGAAUCGGGAAGCGCACCACACUCGGGGUUGUGGUGGUCCAGCCCGCUGUGGGGACACGCCCGACCUAAUCCUACCCCGACGCGUCGAGUAGCGAAUUGGCCGUGCGGUUCGCGAGAGGACGUCGCGGCCAUCAUUUUUGCG